GCUAUCACGUCCUUAGCAGUGCCGGUAUAAAACAUGGACAUCUCCGUAAACCAAUGUUCUUGUUUUCCAUUCUCUUCACCCUAAGUUUCUCAUCCAAAGACAGUCUUUUCCGCAGGAGAGACUUCGAUAUUCGUUGGCUCUUUCUUCAUCAAGAUGCUGUCGAAGUCAGUCGUAACGGCUGUCCUAGUUUUUGCUAGCGCCAGGGUUACCACCGCCAUCCCCCUCGAGUCCACAAGCGAAUCCGCCCAGCCCAGCAAGCGAUGGCUCAACAGUGGCAAGGUCCGCGGUGUCAAUCUCGGGUCGCAAUUCAUCAUUGAACCAUGGAUGGCCGGGGAUGAAUGGAAAAGCAUGGGCUGCAGCGGCGACGACCACGACGAAUGGUCAUGCGUCCAGCACCUAGGCCAAGAAGCAGCAAACGCGGCCUUCAAAAACCACUGGAACACCUGGACGACGCAAGAAGACAUCAACCUGAUCAAGAGCUACGGGCUAAACACGGUGCGCAUCCCGGUCGGAUACUGGAUCCACGAAGAACUCGUGCAGUCGGACGAGCACUUCCCACAAGGCGGGCUGUCCUACCUGGACCGACUAGUCGGAUGGUGCGCCGACGCAGGGCUGUACGUGAUUAUGGACCUGCACGGGGGUCCCGGCUCGCAAUCCGUCAGGCAAUCAUUCACCGGGCACACAGUCGACAACCCAGGCUUCUACACCUCGGCGAACUACGAGCGCGCGUACCAGUUCCUCGAGUGGAUGACAGAGCGGAUCCACACGAACGAGAGCUACCGCACCGUCGGCGCCCUCGAGCUCAUCAACGAGCCCGUCAGCAGCCGCGACUACCCCUCGCAAGCCGCGGGUAUGAUCGCGAACUACUAUCCCACGGCCUGGACGCGCAUCCGCGGUGUCGAGUCGAGGCUUAAUGUGGCGGAAGACCAUCAAGUGCAUAUCCAGAUGAUGGAUCAGGACUGGGGCUCAGGCAACCCGUCAAGCAAUCUCCCCUCCACCACGAACGCACUAUACGACGACCACCGGUACCUCAAAUGGGACCCAUCCGUAGAUAAAACCAAGAGCGCCUACAUGAGCGCAGCAUGCAGCGACUACCGCGGAGGCAAUGACGUGAUUGUGGGCGAGUGGUCCAUCUCCGUAGCCGACGACGUAGAAAACGGGUCCGAGUUCCAGAUCGACGGCAAUCCGCCCGACCAAGUGGAAUGGUAUCAGAAAUUCUGGGCCGCGCAGGUGACCUCGUACGAGAAGUCCGGGGGCUGGGUGUUCUGGUCGUGGAAGUGUAAUUGGAUCGGUGGUAGGAACGAGUGGCGGUGGUGCUACAAGUCCGCCGUCGAGGCCAAAGUCAUUCCUAUGGAUGCCGGGAGUGCUGCGAGCCUCAACCCCUGCUCAAGUUAAUAGCGGGAGGGAGACAGAUUCGAUUUCUAAAACCACGCUCCAUUUUUGUUACAUUAUAUAAUAAGACGC